GUAUAAAAGGCCCAAACUUUGAAGGUUCUGUCAGAAAAAAAAACACAUAGAUAAAAAGAUUCAGUAAUGGCCACCACAGGAACCGCUUCUACAUUCAGACCAUCCAUUUCAGCUUCCUCUAGAUUGACGACCCAUCUGAGAUCACCGUCCUCCAAAGUCCCCAACUUUACGCCUCCGCCACUCUCUCGCUCACGUUCGUUCUCCGUCUCUUGCACCAUCGCAAAGGACCCGACUUUCCUCAUGGCGGAGGCGGAGGAGAAGACCAAAGCCGCUGGAUCUGACCCGACCCUGUGGAAACGACCCGAUUCGUUCGGGAGGUUCGGGAAGUUCGGUGGGAAGUACGUCCCCGAGACUCUUAUGCACGCCCUCUCCGAACUCGAAACGGCUUUCUACUCUCUUGCCACCGACGAUGAGUUCCAGAGGGAGUUGGCAGGGAUCUUGAAAGACUACGUGGGUCGAGAAAGUCCUCUCUACUUCGCAGAGAGGCUCACGGAACAUUACCGCCGAGAAAACGGCCAAGGACCGCUCAUAUACCUCAAGAGGGAAGACCUGAACCACACCGGUGCUCACAAGAUCAACAACGCCGUCGCUCAGGCCCUUCUCGCCAAGCGUUUAGGCAAGAAGAGGAUCAUCGCCGAGACGGGAGCUGGACAGCACGGUGUAGCCACGGCCACCGUGUGUGCUCGUUUCGGUUUGGAGUGUAUCAUCUACAUGGGUGCUCAGGACAUGGAGAGACAAGCUCUCAACGUGUUCAGGAUGCGUCUUCUCGGCGCUGAGGUGAGGGGGGUACACUCAGGGACAGCGACUCUGAAGGACGCGACGUCCGAAGCUAUAAGGGAUUGGGUGACUAACGUGGAGACGACUCAUUACAUAUUGGGAUCUGUUGCGGGUCCUCAUCCUUACCCUAUGAUGGUCAGAGAUUUUCAUGCGGUGAUUGGUAAAGAGACGAGGAGACAAGCGAUGGAGAAGUGGGGUGGGAAGCCUGAUGUCUUGGUGGCUUGUGUUGGUGGUGGCUCGAAUGCCAUGGGACUCUUUCAUGAGUUUGUUGAUGAUGCUGAGGUUCGGAUGAUUGGUGUUGAAGCUGCUGGAUUUGGAUUGGAUAGUGGUAAACACGCUGCCACGUUGACGAAAGGAGAUGUCGGUGUACUCCACGGAGCUAUGAGUUACUUGCUGCAAGAUGAUGAUGGACAAAUCAUUGAACCACACUCCAUCAGUGCCGGUUUGGACUACCCUGGAGUUGGACCUGAGCAUAGUUUCCUUAAAGACAUGGGACGUGCUGAAUACUAUAGUGUUACCGAUGAAGAAGCCUUGGAAGCGUUCAAGAGAGUGUCUCGGUUGGAGGGAAUAAUCCCUGCUUUGGAGACGUCACAUGCACUGGCUCAUCUCGAGAAGCUUUGUCCGACGUUACCUGAUGGAGCCAGAGUUGUUUUAAACUUCAGCGGGAGAGGUGAUAAGGAUGUUCAGACUGCCAUCAAGUAUCUUGAAGUUUAAAGAGAAUAAUACUUUCGUUUUCAGAUAGUGACAUUUUCUUUUAGUGGUUUUGUCAGUUCUUGCUUCUGGUUUGGGAAACUCAAAAUAGGAACAAAGUAUCAAGAAGAGAACGAAAAUUUUAAGAAUGUAAUCCUAUAAAUAAGACUUAUGUUGAAUG